AUGAGACGUCCAACUCAUCAAAGACGAUUAUCUAUGCCAAAACUUACUAAACGUUUAACCAAUAUUCGAUGGAAUCAAACUCAACAAUUGUACAAGAAAGAAUUUAGACGUAAACGUUGUUAUUAUCUUAGUAUGGAAUUAUUGAUUGGUCGUGCUUUGAAUAAUGCUUUAUAUGCACUUCAUGCUAAAACCAAAUAUUCUGAAGCUGUACACUCUCUGGGAUUCUCCAUGGAAGAUUUAUUGGACCAAGAACGAGACGCUGCUUUAGCCAUUCUUCUCCAAUGCCGAACACAGAAAACACCUUGUCAAAUGAAAUAUCAGCGUGGAAUUGUGGCUACUGAACUUGAUGCUUUUUGCGGUAACCUGGUGCCUUUACAUGAACAAAUUCUGCAAUAUUUAUAUUGGAUGUAUUGUCGUUACGGUGUCUACUGA